CAACAAAUUGAUGAGAAAGAGGAGGCCCGUGAUGAAGAUGAUGAUGGUGAUGAUGAUGUUCAUUGGCAAACGGAUACAUCUAUUGAUGCUGCUCGUCAAUGUAUCCAAGAACAGUUAAGUGUUGUGACUGUUGAUAUGGUCAUGCUCUCGACAAAUGAACCAGAGAAGAAGAAGAAGACAGAAAGCAAGGGUUCUGAGAAUGGUGACACUGUGAACUAUGCAACUGUGGUCUGGGAAGUGAAAGCAUAUUUGAAAAAAGGUGUUGCAGCGAAGGAAUUGCAGUCACAUAUUGCUGAAUUUCCUAUAUCUGCUCAGGAGAAGAUGAAUGCACUUCUUGAAGGAUUAUUUGAUGGCAUUGAAAAAGCGUUUGGAAAAGAAGCUACCAAGAGGAAGAAUCACCUUGCUGCUACAGUUGCUGGAGAUGACGAGGGAUCGCAGCUGUUAUUGCUCAAUGGUGUUGAGGAGUUCUGUUACAAGAAAGGUAGUAAUGCAUUGAAUGAGGUUGCACUUAUUCUGAAAGCCCUCUAUGAUGUUGAAUUGGUGGAGGAAGAGCACGUCGUGCAUUGGUAUUCAAAGGGACUGAAGGGUGAUAAGAAGGACUCUCAGAUAUGGAAGAAUGCUCAACCAUUCAUUGAUUGGCUUCGGAAUGCUGAAUCAGAAUCGGAGGAAGAAUGA